AUGCCUUCUCCGGAAGGGGCAGCCGUUCGUGGAGGCGAGGGAUCGAGCCGUAGUCGUGCACGCGGGCGCGGACGCGGGCGCGGACGCGGACGACGAGGCGGUGCUGGCGGCUCUGGCCAGGAUCGGGACGCGAGCUGCCAGAACCCGUCUCCAAACACGCCCAUACCCGCUGCCGUCCUGAAGCAGCAGUCACAGGCGGCUGCUGCUGCUGCUGCUGCUGCUGCGGCGGCGGCGGCGGCGGCGACGGACAGCGAAGACGCCGAAGUCUGCUUCAUCUGUGCGAAUCCCGUGGCCCAUUACUCGCUCGCUCCGUGUAAUCACGCCACUUGCCACAUUUGCGGACUGCGGAUGAGGGCUCUGUACAAGACAAAGGACUGCGCACAUUGCCGAACACCGGCGCCCUACGUCAUCUUCUCCGACAACGCCGAGAAGCGGUUCGAGGAGUACUCGGCCAGGGACAUCACCACCACCGACUCGGCCAUCGGCAUCAAGUACGCGCACGAGGACAUUGUCGGCGACACGGUCCUGCUGCUACGGUACAACUGCCCCGACCCGUCGUGCGACUUUGCCGGUCUCGGCUGGCCCGACCUCCACCGACACGUCAAGUCUGCGCACCGCAAACGGAUGUGCGACCUCUGCACGCGCAGCAAAAAGGUCUUCACGCACGAGCACGAGCUCUUCUCCGACAGGGAGCUGGAGAAGCACAUGAGGCGCGGCGACGACAAGCCCGGCGCGGCGGACCAGACCGGCUUCAAGGGCCACCCCCUGUGCCGCUUCUGCGGCCAGCGCUUCUACGACGACGACAAGCUGUACGAGCACUGCCGGAUGAAGCACGAGCGGUGCUUCAUCUGCGACCGCCGCGACGCGCGCCAGCCGCACUACUACCAGGACUACAACGCCCUCGAGCAGCACUUCAAAAAGGACCACCACAUGUGCUCCAACAGCGAGUGCCUGGACAAGAAGUUUGUCGUGUUCGAGUCGGAGCUGGAUCUGCAAGCUCACAACCUGAGCGAGCACGCCGGCCGCACCGUGGGCAGGGAUGCCAGGCUGGUCGACAUGUCCCUGUUCGACCUGCGGCAGCCCUACCAGGGCCAAGCGAGGGGCCAGAGAGACGGGGAAGGCGGCCGCGGUAGAGGCGGAGGCAACGGCGGCGGCAGCGGCGGCAGCGGCGGCAGGGGCUGGGGCAGGGACCCUAACGCGGGCGUCGUGCCUCCAGCAGCAGCAGCAGCAGCAGCGCCUGCCCAGCCGCUGCGCAGGGAUGAGCUCGCUCUGCAGCGUCAGCUGGCGAUCCAUUCCGCACAGUCCGUGUCCACCCGAACGUUUGGAGGACAACUCUCGGCCCCCUCGCCGUCCAACGCUCGCCGACCAGCAACUCCGACAGCCGCCGCCGCCGCGCGCAGCGCCGGCAACCAAAGCGGCCUCGUUGACCCGCUGGCGUCCCUCGCCGUCGCAGACACCUCGGCCCUCUCGCCCGAGGAACGAGCGCGGCUUGUGCGGCACAGCUCCGUGGUCGAGCGGGCGGCCAACCUCGUGGGCAACGACGCCAGCAAGGUCGCGGCGUUUCGGCAGCACAUCUCGGCCUACCGCCAGGGCGACCUGACGGCGCCGCAGCUCGUCGACGCCUUCUUUGCGCUCUUUGCCGACGCGUCGUCCAACGCCCUCGGCACCCUGGUGCGCGAGGUGGCCGACCUGUUCGGGGACGGCGCCAAGGCGGACGGCAUGCGCAGAGCCUGGCAGGACUGGCGCGCCAUCAACGAGGACUACCCCAGCCUGCCGGGCCUGGGCGGCAUGCAGGGCGCCACGUCGAGCUCGAGCGGCUGGGCGCACGCCGUGGCGGCAAACCCGGCGCUGCCCAACGCCGCCGCCGCCGCGCCCGCGCAGAAGCACUCCAACCGCGUGCUGAGGCUCAAGAACAGCACCCGCCUCGGCGGCGCCGCUCCCGCCAGCCGCACGGGCUCGCCAGCGGGCCAGCCAGCCGCCUCUGCCGCCUCGUCCUCGUCCUCGUCCUCGUCGUCUGCCUUUCCCGCGCUGGGGCCCGGUCCCUCGGCAGACGCUACGCCGCCGCCGCCGCCGCCGCCGCCGACGUCGUCGUCGUCGCGCUCGACAUGGGCAUCCCCGACCAGCCGGGACGCCGGCGGCCAGGAUGCGUUCCCCGCCCUGCCCGCGGCGCCCAAGCCGACAACCACCAUCUUCGGAUACGGCUCCGGCCGCGCCGUCCGCCGCGACUACGGGCACGCCGAGUCCAGCUUCCAGUGGGGGAGGGGCCGCCCCGCCGCGGGGAACGCCGCCACGGCCACGGCCACGGCCACGGCCACGUCCCAGCAGGACGGGGAGGACGCGCCGAGGGGAAACAAGGGAAGAAAGGGGAAGAAGGUGCUCGUGCAGUGGGGGUAA